UGUGUUGUGAAAUAUUUUUAAAGAGGCUGCUGGGUUUAAAUGGUGUUUGCUGACAGUAAGAGAUGGGGGCGCACCUCAGUAUUCCGAAAACGGAGAAGUCAUCUGAAGAUGGUGAAAACGAUAGAGUUAGGUUUGGUCUAUCAGCCAUGCAAGGAUGGCGUGUCAAUAUGGGGGAUGCUCAUGCUGCAAUUCCAUAUUUGGAUAACAGUAGAUCAUUCUUUGGUGUUUACGACGGUUAUCUAGGUGGUGAGGUUGCCAAAUUCUGUGCUCAGUUCCUGCACCAGCAAGUGCCGAAACAGGAAGAAUAUUCAGCUGGAGAUGUCGGGGCAGCUCUCCGGAAAUCUUUCCUCAGGAUGGAUGAACUGAUGACCGGACAAAGAGGCUGGAGGGAGUUGGCUAUCAUCGGAUGUAGACUAACCAGCCAUGAUAUCCUCGAAGAGGGUGCGACAUGGUCUCCAAUACGUGACCCCGACAAUUGGACAGAGGAGGGACCACACUCUGAUUUCAAAGGACCACAUUCUGGAAGUACUGCUUGUGUUGCAGUCAUCGGGGAGAAUCAACUUGUUGUUGCCAAUGCAGGUGAUUCGCUCUGCGUCAUUUCUAGGAACGGUCAGGCACGCGAGCUGUCAGUAGACCAUAAACCCAUACUGCCGGCUGAGAGUGAAAGAAUUAUAAGAGCAGGAGGAUUUGUCCGCGGGGGGCGUGUGGAAGGCUAUUUGGAUGUUUCAAGAGCUAUAGGCUGUGUGAAUUUCAAGAGUAGCAUAUAUUUACCUCCAGAAGAGCAAAUGGUCAUUGCUGAUCCAGAAGUUAAAACAGUUGAAUUGACAGACGAGGAUGAGUUCAUUGUGGUUGCCACUGAUGGCAUUUGGGAUUGCAUGCCGAGCCAGGAGGUUGUGGAUUUCAUACACGAACAGCUGCAACAUGAGAGUAAGCUCUCGUUGGUGUGCGAAAAAGUACUCGACCGGUGCUUGGCGCCUACUACUAACGCAGGCAAUGGCUGCGACAACAUGACCAUGAUACUGAUCCAGCUCAAGAAACCCGAACAGUCGGGCGAGCCUUCGGGCAUGAAAUCCCCGGCUUCUGAAGAAAAGCACCCUCGGAGUUAAUCUUGAUCAAAUGAAGACUGACUAAGUCAUAUACUGAUUUAGUAGCACCUCAAAGAGUGUGAUAGUUUCUCCAAAAAAUUUAUAAUCUUUUACUAGUACU